AUGGCUCUCUCGUUUCGGUUUCGAUCUGGCAAUCUAUUUGAUGCCUGGAUGGCUACUUCUCCCGGUCUCUUCUGUCAUUGUGGUUUUUCAGGGCUCAACUCAUUUCAAACCAAGCUUCCAGAAAAUCGGACCUCCCAGCUCCGGUUUUCUCUUAACGACCAAAUCAGCCAGGCGUCAGCUUUAUCCUCUCUUUCAUCACUUGUCUCGCCCUCACGUAGCUCAUCAGAUUCAGUAACAGGCCAGCAACAUCAGGCUAGUCCAAAUGAACCCACGGCUACUGAGUACGACGCACGAGUUGUGAAGUCAUGUCAGCGAAGCAAGUUCGUCGCCCGCGAUCUUGACACAGUGAAACAGGUUGUUGAACUGCAUCAUCUGUCAUUAGAUGUAGCAAACAAGGCUCUGGAGGAGGCAGUCAAAUUAGCGCUCGAGAUCCUGCUACCUCUUGUUGAAUCCUUCAUUUUGGGCCCCACUACCAUACAUGGAAACCAUUUCAAUUCGAACGAAACUGGCCUUAUAGACGAAGUCAAGAGCACCGAUUCACGGGACAGCCUGACACGCCUCGACCUUCUGGAACCGCCACAUGCCAGCCGUGCCACGCAAAUGGUGCGCAACGAACUCUGCCAGCGCAUGGACCAACUGGUCGUCUGCCUUACUGCAGCCCGGCAACCGCCAGAACUGACGGGCUCAGCAGUACUUGUGAGGAGUCUUGGGAUCACAGGAUCUAACUACGUGUCUGCCACAGAAAUGAAUUCACUGGCCCGAGCCAAUUUGCCGAGGACGCCACCAUUGAUGGGGAUUCGACAGCUUGGACAGAAAAAUUCACCUGUACAAAAUAAGAGGGGGAUCGGCGAAACCAAGACGAGGCAGGCUUUGCUACAACGUAGCGCUAGUGACCCCCGUGAGAUUGUAUAA